UUAAAGCAACUCUUUAAAAGAAUAGAGGUAGAUAGUCAAUCCAGAUGAAACAUGUUUAAAACUUCCUAUACGUUUAUCUUAGGAUGUCUGGCGAUAAUUACACAUACAUGUCAUAUAAUUACACCACAUAUCCAUCCUCUCAUCCUAUCACGUACUUCUCUUUGCAGGUUUGCCAGGAGCUGGUGCCUAUACCCAGUGGUCAUUGGGUAAAACCUGGACAGGUCGCCAGUCCAUCACAGGACCACACAGAGACACACACAGGACAAACAACCAUGCACACACUCACAUCUAAGGGCAAUUUAGAGAGACCAGUUAGCCUAGCAAUCAUGUUUUUGAAACUGGAGUACCCGGAGAGAACCAAUGCUCAUGUUCAGUGUCACAUAGGGCUGCUGCACAUAUAAAACACUGUGAAAGAUGCUGAUAUUUAUUAGCACAAUUGUUUGUUAUUGAAUUAGUAAAAAAAAAAAACCCGGUGCUUCACAGUAUAUAUUAGUGAACAUCUUCCUUCAGUAUUUGGAAGUGUAAAAUGGAGACAAAAACAUUAUCCCCUUGUAUUCCUAAAAAAUAACAUCAUAGCAAUUACCAAACGCCACUGGUUAUUAAAACUUGUAACUGUGGUGUGCUUCUCUUUGUUUUUAGUUGCUGGAUUUUCAGUUAGUUCCCAGUUAUAAAUAAAAUAAUAAUGCCCCUAAAGUUGCCGCUGUAACAGGGGAAGCCUGAGCUGCCUGAUAGAACGUAAUGAAUACAAGCCUAAACUUUUUAUUUUCACAUCAGUUUGCUUGUCAUUAAACCAAUGGAGAGCAUAGAGCUAAACCAUAGAUAUUCCUCCACAUGUUUCUUAGUGUUUGCAUGGAUAAAAUGUAAAGAAAUACAUCAAUAUAAUCUUGUGUCUGAACAGACGGCAUAACAACAAUUAGCGAAACUCGCUGCUUCUCCAGCUUGACACUGUGAUGUGCUCUGGUAAGUUGCAUUUGCUAAUUGCAAAAAAUCCGAAUCCAAUAUGGCUGCUGCACUUGUAAGACGUAGUGCUCUUAUGACUCCCGCAGGAGUCUUGUUUCACAUCCUCUGACUUCCUGCGCAGUUUACUUCCCUAGGAAAUGUUUGUGUUGACUCGCCCUCCACCUCCUCCUGUGUAACUAAAAUCUGUGUGUUCUCUAUGCAGGAGAAAAGACUGGGGAAUGUUUCUCAGAAACAUCUGCUCCCGUGAACAAAAGGCCGAUGGCAGCACGGCCUCUGUGGAAACAAACUCUUCCUGUUUACCACCCAGAGUUCUUCACCUUUUACGAUGUAACUCCACAUUGACCUAACCGUGCCCUCUUACCCAUUCAAAGGUCCAGUGGCAGAUGUCUAGUUUGAGACUAAACCUCUAGUGAAAGCAGAAGUUACAACAACAAUAGCAUAUCUUUAGAUUCUGUUUACAGUCACCUCCAAGGGUCGGGCCAAUUGAUAUGCCUACUUCCAGCUAUACAGUAGAUAAUUAGCAAUUUACGGUAAUUGUUACAUUUUCUGUCUUGUGUCAACUAUAAAAACUGAAUUAAUGUUGUUUCUUUAAGGCUUAAUAUCCUGCUGAAAUACAUAUUGGAAUGUGAACUAUUUAUUAAUGAUCUUACAUCAAUAUUUAUUUGAGUUUUCCUUCUGUAAAGCUUAAAUGGUGACUUUAUACCAGCAAUACUAGGUUAUUUGCCUCUACUUUCAGAUUGUAAUAUCGCUCCCCAUAUGAAAAUGAGUAAAAACACUUUUGGAGAGUAAAGCAGAUCAAGUGCAAAUAAAAGGAAUUUCAAUUGAAGGAUUUCAAUUUUCCUUCUUUAACAAGAAAACGUUGCUUUCCCAAGGCUAAGAUUCCUAACAUAUCCUCAGUAACGUCAUUAUCAUUCCAACAUUAAAUAUUCUAGUUAAUGGAUUACAUUUUGUCUUCUCACCUGAAGUUGUGCAGUACACACAUUGUCUUUGCCACUCCUGCUCUUAGAGCAGCAAUUGUCCUCACUUCUAUGGCGGGUAGGCCGUGGCGAGUCGAUUUGGACAGAAUCCGAAGAUGAUCGGCAAUGAAUUCAAAACGUGAAUUCAACCGUUUCCAAAAAAAAAACCUUUUCAUUUGUCAUGUUGGAAUUAAUUGUUAACUGGCCUUUCCUGCACAUCGACCAGUUUCAGGUCACUGGUUUUCUGCCGGUCAGUUGUGAUCGGGCUCUGAAUGUCUGUAAAGCUAUUUUCUCGUUGUUGGUUGUUGCAUUUGGCUACGGUUUCCCCCCCCCCGUUUGUUUAAACAAGUGUCUCACUGAGGAUGACGGGUGUUUGCAGACAUUUCUGUACUGUGGAUGCAUUCCAGUGCGUUUGUGUCUCUGUAUUGAAGACGGGUCGUGUGAGAGCCGGGAGACGCGGUUUAUUUGCCUGUUUUGGCUGGGCCGUGUUUGAUAGAGGAACUGUUUCAUGCCUUACAGGAGCUGUGCGUGUUUAUUUUGGGGGAUGGAUGUUUACAGGUCUUGUACCCCUCCUGGGGUGGUCUGCUUCGAGAAUGUAAUGAAGAAAAAAAAGGAGGGCUUUGUCUGUGUAUUUAUCCCCAUUUCUGUCAAUGGAGGAUUCAAUGAGAUGUAUUCAGCCUCCUCUCUCCGGUUGGCACUCUGCGGCGGCAGACAUCCACAGUUUCAUGGUCAGACAGAGAGACAGACGACUGAAUUAGGUGGUUUUUGUUUCUCUCUUCAAUGGUAGUCGUAUUUUUAGUAUCGACACAAGGAUAUUACCCAAACUUAUUAAGACAAUCCAAGUCAACACCCAGAGGACAGAACAGGAAACAGGAAACAGAAAACGAGUCCAGGCUCUGACUCUCAACAGCCUUUAUUCAACAGAAUUGAAGUAAAUCAUGAUGCCUGGAUUUGUUUUAUAGAAAAAUGUCAGACUUCCCCACCUCCUCCACUCCCACCCCAUCUCUGGAUCACUGCGACUAUGACGACUGGUAUCCCUCCUUCUCCAUCAUCCCGUCUGUCUAUGUUCUGGCCUUCUUGGUGGGUUGCCUUGGUAACAGCUUAGUGCUCUCGGUGUACCUGCUUCGACCCAACGGGAUCGGGAUAGGAGACAAACCGCAGUGUUGCUGCUUUUUCAGAGCCAGUCGCCAACAUCUGCCUUCUCCUUGUAAAAACGAACCAUCAGGACGAAGCUACAGAGCUUCCUCUCAUUCCUUCACCUCUUCCUCAUGUCCUCCCUCCAUCCCUCGGCCCUCUCACUCCCUCACAGAUUCUCUGAUAGCCAGUUUGGCAUUAGCUGACCUUUGCUUCCUUGUAACUCUCCCUCUUUGGGCUACCUACACAGCAAUGGGCUAUCACUGGCCUUUUGGGCAACCCCUUUGCCAGAUCAGCAGCUUCCUCACCGCCCUCAACAUGUAUGCCAGCGUAUUCAGUCUGAGCACGCUCAGUGUGGAGCGGUACUGGGUCCUGACGGGACGGCGGCACUCCGGCCACCAUCCCUUAACAAGGUGUCCCAGCAGGACGCUGUGGAUACUCGUAGCGGUGUGGGUGGUAGCAGCAGUCCUGGCUCUUCCUGGUUUGCUGCUGCGCUCUGUCAGGGAAGUGGAACUUGACCCCAAGUCUGAGGAUGACCCCGGAUCUGUAGUCCUUUCCUGCCAGAUGGAUUACUCCAUGCUGGUUGGGGCAGAGCUCGAAGAGGCUGAAAAAGACAGGGCAGAGGUGUGGUGGGCCGCGGUGUUGAGCUUAAAGUCAACCCUAAUUGGCUUCCUGCUACCGCUUGUCAUCAUGCUCGUCUGCUACUGCUCAUUGGCUCAGCUGCUCAGCAAGCACUUUGGACAUGGCCCCCGUCCCGACCGCAGGCGCCAGCGCAGACUCCUCAGGGUCAUUGUCACUUUAGUGACGGCCUUCUUCCUCUGCUGGAUGCCACUCAAUGUCAACAAGACUGUCUCCAUCCUGCUGGAGUUGGGCUUCGUCCCAUAUUCGUGUUCUCUAGACCAGGCUCUGCUGGCCGCUCAUCCGUAUGUCACCUGUUUGGCUUACCUCAACUCCUGCCUGAACCCUCUGCUCUACGCCGCAUGUGACCCUUCAUUCAGGGAACGAUGCAGAGCAACUCUGCUCACGUGUUGCGGGAUGUGCAGAAGAGAAGCAGAGGGAGACGGGAGGAAAGAAGAACGAGAGAAACAGCAGAGGAGCUCAGCCGUUCCGGCAGGGACACAAGAGGACGAAGAGGAAGAGGACAGGUUAUGAGAAGGAAAAGGAACAAUAAACUCUUCAUGUUUAAUUCAAAAACAGAAUAAAACUGAAUCUAAAAAAAUUGCUGCACAUUGUUACGUCUAAAAUUCCCAGCUGCCUGAGCAUUUGCUCUGUCCAUCUAGUGUGAGACGUUUAGAGUUAGCAUCCAGAAAGGGAAAUGUUUUUUCCCACGGGGUACAAUGGAGACGUUUCCCAGAGGAUGUUUCCUAAAUUAUUUGAUGCAAAAAUAACCUGGGGUCAGAUAAAAGCUUCUCAUGAUAUAUGAUAUGUGAUGCAUUCAGGAUGUGCUUUGUGUUUGUUGG